UUUUACAAAUGUCAAAACUGCCGCUAAGUGUGAAUCAGCUGUUUGGUUGUCUUGCAGAAACUACGAGCAAUUUGCAAAUUGUAUGUUUUUUUUAUUAAAAAGUGAUAAAUUAUUGUAUUAUUUGUGUGUAAAACAAUAACUAAUAAGGAUUUUAUAAUAAAAUGGCUGCUUCGGUUUUAUUUGCUUGUGGUUUGAAUGAGCAAAAACUUCCUUCAUUCAUACAUAUCAGUGAGGAAUCCAAUAUUGAUGGAAGCUUCUUAAUUAGCUCCAUUCUUGGCCAACGUUUGCGUAUUUCCAAUGCUGGCACCUUACUCGUAUGUUUGCAACACAACUAUCAACACUAUUUUAAUGCUGGCAUGCGUUUGGGCUAUAACUGCAAUAUAUUCUUGGGUAAAACACUUAGGGUUAUAGACUCGCUCAAUGACAUGGCCGAGGAUUUCCUUAAUAGCAAAUGGUUGACAAAUGAAUGUCGUUUCACCGAUUUACUGUUGGCCGAUAUUAAGCAACAAAUAUCAGGCAACAGCUUUACAUCCCGUAUUAACACCACUGUUAUUAUUGAUAAUUUGGCAAUUUUGUACAAUUUGGGUGCCACCAAGGAGGACAUACAGAAAUUCUGUCAUAAUCUGGUGGCUCUAUCGCAGGAAUUUGAAAAUUUAACCAUCAUUACAAAGAUGAGCAAUUGUGACAUUUACAAUAUAGACGAUAACAAUGUAGCCAAAUUGGGUUCUUUACACAUUCGAGUUGUUAAACUUAAAAGUGGUGUAUUCCGUGAAGUAGAUGGUAAAUUGUUGAUUAAAAAAAUACAAGACGAGGCUGACAACAGCUACGAAUGCAAUUAUUCAUCGAAGGAAGUUUUGUACAAAGUCAAUGAUAGAAAUGUUAAAAUUUUCAAUCCUGGAGAAAUUGGUUUAAAAGCAUAAAUAAUACAUGAAAAAUUAAUUAUACAACGGUUAAAAUCAUUACAUUUCAACCAACAUACUUUAGAAUUAAAAACCUGAAUUUACAAAAUAUAAGGUGUUUUACAUUCAUUUGUAAUAAAUAAUUAUAUAAACAAAAAAUCUAAUCAAAUUUUCUAAUUUCUAGGUGUAAAUCAAAAUAAUG